AUGGGCUCCCUUUGUUCCAAGUCGGGUACUGUCACUGGUGGACACCAAGUCUUGGGUUCAGCAGCUGAUAGCACCGCUGCACCCUCGCGCCCGGAUGACCCCAGGCGGGCAGCGGCGGAAGCAGCGGAAAGACGGCAGAGAGAGGCCAGCACACGAGGAGUGCAGUCCAAAAAUCCUACAGCGGGGCGACUUGCUGCUAAACUGGAAGCACAGAAAUCCUCGCCCCGCGCACAGGAACAGGAACAGCCAGAGCGACUCGUGGUGAGUGCAUGGCAGGUGUACCCUUGA